UUCUAUCAUUUCACAACGAUAUAGAGAGAUACAAAAAUAAUGGAUUGACCACAAAACAUAUGAAUAUAAGUAACUUACCUAAAGUGUGCAUGUAAGUCGCAAGUACUGAAGAAGUGUGCAUAUUAAACAGUUCAGGAUGAGCUAUGAAUACUGUAAUAAAACUCCUUUAUUUCCCCAACUUUAAAUCGUCUAGUAUCUCUUUUUGUUCCUUUUGUUUCUUCAAAGUUAAAAAAGAGAGCUGGGCGACGCCAUUCAUUAAAGAAAUGCUUCCUUUCUCCCUCUUAAAUUAAAGAACUAAUAUGUCACUUUGAUAUUUUAUUCAACACUUUUCAAACACGUCUCACUUUGUGGCAGACCACAUUCAGUCCAAAAGCCUUCUACUUGUUUCUUUUCUUAAAACCAUAUAAAUAAAGAAAAUGAAAUCUAGCAAAAGUGCACACACAACCUGGUUUCCUUUCCGUCCUGGGAUUAUCUUUCCGAUACACAGGCGUAGUUUAGCACAUACUCAUUUCCGGUUUCGAGCGCAAAUUAGCUUCACGUGGCAAGAAAAACAUUCAAAAUCAACAAAGGAGUAAAUACCCAAAGUACCCCUGUUCUCUUUUCUGCCUUGAUUGAUUUCAAAAAACGUUUCUUCUGCUUCCUUCUCUGAUCUCCUCUUGUUAACGAUGGAGCAACAAAGAGGAAGCCGGAGCUUUCCAGAGCGCAAGGGACAGAAGAGGAAACUAGAGGAAGGACCACCCGCAGAGGAUCCACAGAUCUCUCCCUCAACCACCACCGACGCAGCCCCCCACGCUGCGCUUCUCAGCGAAGUCGCUGCUCAAGUCUCCGUUCUAAACUCCGCCUUCUCCUGGAAAGAAUCCGAUCGCGCCGCCGCAAAGCGCGCAGCUCAAGUCCUGUCUGAGCUCGCCAAAAACGCAGAUGAUUUAGUGAGCGUGAUUGUCGACGGAGGUGCUGUUCCUGCUCUCACGACGCAUCUACAGCCCCCGCCGUACUGUGAAGGAGACUUAGCUCAAAAGCCGUUUGAACAUGAGGUCGAGAAAGGAAGCGCCUUUGCGCUUGGUCUUCUCGCAAUUAAGCCAGAGUAUCAGAACCUGAUAGUAGACAAAGGAGCUUUACCUCAUCUCGUGGAUCUCUUGAAGAGAAGCAAAGAUUCCUCCACUUCUCGAGCCCUUAAUAGUGUUAUUAGAAGAGCGGCUGAUGCCAUUACUAAUCUAGCUCACGAGAACAGCAGCAUCAAGACCCGUGUCAGGCUAGAAGGCGGUAUUCCACCUCUCGUGGAGUUGCUUGAGUAUUCUGAUUCCAAGGUUCAGCGAGCAGCAGCAGGGGCGUUGCGAACGCUUGCGUUUAAAAACGAUGAUAACAAGAACCUGAUAGUUGAAUGCAAUGCUCUUCCCACGCUCAUUCUAAUGCUUGGAUCAGAGGAUGCUGCUAUACAUUACGAAGCGGUUGGAGUUAUAGGCAAUCUAGUUCAUUCGUCUCCGAACAUUAAAAAAGAGGUUAUUUCUUCUGGGGCGUUGCAACCUGUCAUUGGUCUUCUCAGCUCAUGUUGCCCUGAGAGCCAAAGAGAGGCGGCUUUAUUACUUGGACAGUUUGCCUCUACUGAUUCUGAUUGUAAGGUUCACAUUGUUCAAAGGGGUGCUGUUCGUCCUUUGAUUGAAAUGCUUCAGUCAGCGGAUGUUCAGUUGAAGGAGAUGUCGGCCUUUGCACUGGGAAGAUUGGCCCAGGAUUCCCACAACCAAGCCGGUAUUGCUCAUAGUGGUGGUUUAGAACCUUUAUUGAAGCUUCUCAGUUCAAGAAAUGGAUCCUUGCAACACAAUGCUGCCUUUGCUCUUUAUGGCCUUGCCGAUAAUGAGGAUAAUGUGUCGGGUUUUAUCAGGGUGGGAGGUGUCCAAAAGCUACAGGAUGAAGAGUUUAUUGUUCAAGCAACUAAAGAUUGUGUCUCCAAAACAUUGAAGAGGUUGGAGGAGAAGAUUCAUGGAAGAGUUCUAAGGCAUCUGUUGUACCAAAUGCGCAUUUCUGAGAAGUCUAUCCAAAGACGAGUUGCUCUCGCUCUUGCUCAUUUCUGUUCACCGGAAGAUCAGAGAACCGUAUUCAUAGAUGAGAAUGGGUUGGAGUUGCUACUUGGUCUUCUUGGUUCUACAAACACUAAGCAGCAACUCGAUGGCGCUGCAGCAUUGUACAGAUUAGCAAAUAAAUCCAUGGCACUUUCUCCAGUUGAUGCUGCUCCUCCUUCCCCAACACAAAGGGUUUAUCUCGGAGAGCAAUAUGUAAAUAGUGCAACGCUGUCUGAUGUAACUUUUCUAGUCGAAGGAAGGAGAUUCUAUGCACACAGAAUUUGUCUGCUGGCUUCUUCAGAUGCAUUUCGCGCAAUGUUUGAUGGUGGUUACCGAGAAAAAGACGCUAGAGAUAUUGAGAUUCCGAAUAUUAAAUGGGAGGUUUUUGAGUUAAUGAUGAGGUUUAUAUACACUGGAUCAGUCGACAUAACAAUUGAGAUAUCACAAGAUCUUCUGAGAGCAGCGGAUCAGUAUCUCUUGGAGGGUCUGAAGCGACUCUGUGAAUACACAAUUGCUCAGGAUAUAACGUUGGAAAACAUAGGAAGCAUGUACGAUCUCUCAGAAGCAUUCCACGCGAUGUCGCUGAGGCAAGCUUGUAUAUUGUUCAUCCUGGAGCAUUUCGAAAAACUGAGUUCAAUGCAUGGGCAGAACGAGCUGGUGCAGCGAACAAUACCAGAGAUAAGAGAGUACUUCUGUAGAGCUCUAACAAAAUCUACUACAAACCUGCAAAGCCUGAGGUUGUAGAAUGUGGAGGAAGGAGGCUGCACCUAACUAGAGAGGCAAGUAGACAAGGACUAUCUAUAUAUAGAGAGAGCCGCUAUUAGAGUUGGUCUUUAUCAUCCUGUCCUAUCUUGAUUUGUUUUAGUAAUUUUCUGUGCGUUUGGUUCAAUCUUAGCCAUUGUAUUAUAUUAUUAAUCUCUUCUGAUAACAGUCGGUCUUCAAAGAAACCGCCACUUUUGUAUCCAAAACACCAUAUUAUGGUGAAACUUCCAUUAUUCAAUCCACUGUCCAACAAUCC